UUCAAUUAUUGUCACCAAUAAUUACUCAAAGAUAAACCAAAUUAUUCUUCAAGAUAAGAUUAUAAAUCUCUUAACAGAUUGAACACCGUGAAGGUUUCAGUUAAAAUAUGUAUUGUCCAUAAUUUAUACAUUAUCAGUUUUCCUGUAAUGUUGAUUACGUUCGACCCGUCUGUGAUAAAUUCUAGUUGUUUUUGAAAAAAAUAUGGCAAUUGACAGUAAACUGAGGGAUGAUUUCGAAAUAUACAAAACCCAAGUUGCGAUAUGCGGCUGGUCUGGACUUGCAGUUAUCAUAGUUCUAAUAAUUGCACUGAUCUACGCCAUCUUCUCGGUGAGGAAACUUAGGAAAGAAUUCAACGAAAGGGUUAAGACCUUGGAGGCAGAAAGGAGGUUCACCAUAGAUCGGCCCAAAGUCUACUCAAGCUCGGACCCGACCAGCAAACUAAAAGGAGAGAUCGGCAAGGCCUUAAGCGUGGACUCCAGGGACUCCAGAGACCGAGUUGACAGAACCGCGCAACCGUCGCCGUCCGUACAGCCAGAGACAGGAGCGGCGCCCUAUCUGAACCACGGCUACACGAACCUGGGCUCUCCCGGCAUGGCCAGCCUCUUCUCGAACCUGAACUCGCCAAGCCCGAAUACAAAUCUUCGCAGUCCCAGCCCAAAUUCACAAAACAAGAACACCAACAGGGUGGAGAGUUUUCUGGACAAAACCAGACAGCUUUACAGUCAGUCGAGCACAGAUGUUUCCCCACGGUUACCCAAGCCAACUUCAGCAAACGGGAACAGAGACAGCAAUGUUUUUAAAUUUUCUUAGAAUUUCUCUAGAAUCUUAAGUCCCUUACUGCGUACAUAUUUAUAUACUUAGGUUCUAGUAUUUUAUCAAACGGUGAUUUAUACGGUAUUCAUUAUCUCUUUAAUUGUCGUUGCAAUUGAUUUGAUUAAAAAAAUACCAUGUUAGUCAUCUCUAUUUUAAUACUUGUUACGUUUUUAAUAGUUUUAUACACUUAGGAACGUAGGUUAUUUAUCCGUAAAUUAUAUUUUUAAGAUUUGUAAAGAACGUUUGCAAUUUUAAGGGAGUGAUAAUAAAUGUUUUUAUAAAA